AACUGACCAAUCACAUUCUGCGACGAGUAGACACGCCGCGCGCCAUUUGCCGAGGCGUGCGUGGAGAUUUUCUUGCGGUGUGGUCGAUCGUACGCGUAAGGUUGAUUGCGUGCUUGUGCCCGGCGCCGGUGACUCUUCUCACGAGCCAAGUCCACCUCCCGGGCUCGGGGUCUCGGAACAGGUGCGUCCCGACGUGUUACUGUCCUCGGGGGCGACUUUUUUUCGUGUCCGUUGUGUGUGCGCCGUAGAAGCUUCGGAGACAACAGCGAGCCAAGAUGGCUCCCACAGCAGAUAACGUAGGCCUAACGACGAAGAAAACCAUGUCAGAGCUUCGUGUGAUUGACUUACGCAGUGAGCUCGAAAAGCGUGGACUAGACAAGACAGGCGUGAAGGCCGCGCUCAUCGAACGGCUGACAAACGCGCUCGCCGACGAAGGUGAGGACGCCGAGACGUACGAGUUUGAGGUGCCCGCCGAACCGACGCCAGUGAAGCCGGCCGCGCCGGCAGCUGCUGGCGGGUCGGUGAAGAAGACCGUUACCAAGCGCGUCAACAAGAAGUUGGCGCACGAUGCUGAGUCUGAGACGCAGAGCAAUGACGACGCUCAUGAAGGCGGCGAGUCCGACGAAGAGGACGAGGCAGAGAUCGAGACUCUUGACGAAGAGGAGGAGGACGAAGCGGAAGGCGGCGAGGAGAAAUUGAACAAUGGCGAAGCCGACCCUAAAGAGGACGGCGAAGAAGCCGCCGCCGCCGGCGAUGCUAAGGCCGAGAAAAAGAGCGCCGCUAAAGAUUCGGCGGCUAAAGACGACGAAGACGCAAGUCACGAGGCCGAGCAGGCCCUGAUUGUGCACGCUGACGACAACCACGACUUAGACGCGGACAUCGAGGAAGAGAACCAAGUUGCCGCAGUGAAAGAGAGCCCAAGUGGAGACACCCCGAAACCCGCCACGGGCCCCAAGACUGCGGCCGCGAAAAAGGCUGCAGCAGCAGCUGCGGCGGAGGCCAAGAAAGACGCCGCCGAGGGCGCCAAAACCGAGCCCAAGAAAGCAGUCACUCCGAAGGGCGCGAAGGCUGCCGGCAAGGCGGUGAAGACGACGCCGAAGGCGGCCGCAGACAAGGAGCCCGUGCGCAACCUGUGGGUGAGCGGGCUGGCCAACACCACGCGGGCGGCGGACCUGAAGGCGCUCUUUGGCAAGCACGGCAAGGUAGUGUCCGCCAAGAUAGUUACCAAUGCCAAGACUCCCGGCGCUCGUUGUUACGGCUUCAUGACCAUGAGCACCGCCGAGGAGGCGCAGAAGUGCAUCCAGCACUUGCACCGCACCGAGCUGCACGGCAAGAUGAUCUCUGUCGAGUGCACCAAGCACGAGCCGGGCGGCGCCUUGCGCAAGUCCGAGGCCAAGACCGGAGCUACCGCUGUGGCGGCGAAGACUGUGGUCGCGGCCACCAAGGAGGGCAAAGAACCUGCUGCGAAGGCAAAGCCGGCAGCUGCCAAAGCCGCCAAGACGAAGGCUGCGGCCGAAAAGAAGGCUGCUGCCGAAGCCAAAGACAAAGAUGAAAAGGGCGAAAAGGCCGAGGAAGACGAAGCUGCGGAGGAAGCGGCCGAGGAAAAGGAAGACGCCGACGAAGAGGAGGGCGAUGGAGACGACGAAGACAAGGCGAAAGACAGGAAGCACCGGGACGACAAAGAGCGGAGGCGCAGCCGGAGCCACUCGCGAGACCGCUUCGUGCGCCGCCGAUUCUUCCGACCGUUUAUCCGAGGCUUCAGGGCAGUGCGCGGCUUCAGGCGGCCGUUUAUCAGGCGGCCCUUCUUCCGAGGACCGUUCCGUGGCCGCAUGGGAUCCGACUACCGCGAUUCGCGCGAGCCUUUCCGCCGGAACGAAGACGCCGGCUCCUUCCGCCAGCGUGAGCUCGAGCGGCGGCAGCGCGAGGAGGCGUUCCGCAUUGAGCGCGAGAGAGAGCGCCUGCGCGUGGAGCGCGAGAAGCUGGAGCGUGAGCGUCUGGAACUCCUGCGCCUGGAGCGCGAGAAGCAGCGCCUCGAGCGAGAGCGGAUCCAGCGCGAGCGCGAGGAACUUCGGCAGCGAAAGAUGGGCCGCGCCGCCGAGUUCGGCGCCGAGGCGCCGAGCCUGAUGCGGCGCCCGGUGAAGCGGCCGUACGACGAGGAAGCCGGCGUGCUGGGCGCCGGGCCGUCCCGCGGCGGCAUCGAGGCCGGCGGCGACGCCUUCUGGAGAGACCGCAAGAGGCCCCACUUGGGCCCCGGACGCGACUAUGACCGUGGCACGGACAGAGACGACCGGCGCUUUGAUCGGCCCGGCGGUGACUUUGGCGGUGACCGAGAGUUCCGUGGCCGGGCCCCCAGGGACAGGGUGCCCCGCGAGUCGCCGCCAGUUCGAAGGAUGGAGCCCCGUUUUCAGUCUAAAGAAGGCUUCUCGGGAGCCGGCGGAGCGUACGGUAGUGGCGGGGCCCGCUUCGGAGGCCCCCAGGCAGCUGGCGGUGGGGGUGAUCAUUGGAGCUCCGGGGGUCGGGGUGGUGGCAGCUACUCUUCCUCCGGCGUAGGCGGAGGUUCGUGGAACGCCGACGGCCGCAAGCCCGACUCGGGCCACCAGUCUUGGUCCUCGCAGCCGGACCGCUGGUCAGCAGGAGGCGGCAGCAUGGGAGCACGCGUAGGAGGCAGUUCCAUGGGUCAGGGAUCACAAGGUUACAACUCGGGAGCAGGCGGCUCUGGUAUGAUGGCCCACUCUGGUAUGGGCAGCGGUGGAAGCUUUGGAGGCACUGGCAAUCGUUACAUGGGAGGAGGUGGAGGGGUCAGGCGGUACUGAAGAAACCACCCGGCAUGAUGAGAGGCCCCUCGCAGUUUUGCUCCCCCUUUCUGUCACUGCAGUGGUUUACCUUAGCAGCAAGCAUGUCAUUGAAAUGUGAAACCCGCCAUCUAUUGUUAAUUUUUUGUUGUCAUUUGUUGAGGCACUGCCGACCUCCUUGUCUUGAGCACCAUUGAGAAGCUGGAUGGAAAAAAAAAAUGGUGUAAGGUUGAAAAGCUACUCGCGCCCAUUCAUUGUGAAACCUCUCGGAAUGUAUGCGUGUGCUCGCUUGCACUCGAGUUGAAAUUCAAGAUGUUCGAGCAAAAAAUUUUUCACUUUGUACCGCGUCUGAAAUGUUUGUUCCCUGAAUGAGGCAAUGUGCUGUCGCAAAUGGAAGAUGUUCUAGGCAGAGAUGGAUCGCAUGCCUCGUGUCAUUCUGGCAAUUGUGGCUGGAAAGGUCAAACAGCGUUUAAAUGAGCCAUUUUCUUUUCAAAUGUAUCAAAUUACCAAGGCAGAGCUUUUCGAUGCUCAGAACAGCAGUGGAAUCGUCACGAAAAAAAAAAAUGGCCAAAGAUUUUCAACGUUUUUGUGUGCAGGAGACAAAUUGUUUCUCAAGAAUUCAUGAGUCUUCAAUAUUGUAUAAGCUCCUGCCUCGAGAAAUGUGCAAGUGCAAAUUCAAUUCUGUGAGAUGUUUAAAAAAAGCAUUGUGUGAGAAACGUGACACCUCGAAGUCUACACAUUUCGCCAUCACACUCAGCGUUUGCCGUUGUGGAAUGCUCAUGCGUUUUCCUACAUGUCGCACCAACAUCGUCUCGCGUUUGGCAAAAAGGAUUGUCGGAGAGUCUGCAUUGUAGACCUCCCCAUGUUAUUAUUUUUUUUUAGAUCUCCAUUUUCUUUCAGCAUCCACAGUGGUAAUGGUUGCGUUUCCCUUGUUUGCAUUGCCAUUGCCUCAUUUAUAUCAUUAGUGUGCAAAAAACAGCAAAGACAUUUUACAUCACUCCGCACUUAACCCCUUGGUGCAUUUGUGCACUCUCUUCCAUACACUAAAAUUCCAAACAUCAUUUUGUAUUCUAUCAAAAUGCCUUUGCUGUACUCUGUCACAGCUGUGCCAUCACUUGUUUGUGUGCUUUUUGUCUUAAUAAACAUUGGUUGGCCAAGCCAGA